AUGCCCUCCAAACCUCAAAGCAACCAAGUCCGCCCAAGACAGCAGUCCUUCAGGGCGGAGCCCAAGGCAAGCAGACCAGCACAAGAAUCCUCGAGACCUAAGAUUACAACUCAGCGCAAGCAUCACUCCAGUGAUCGCGAGGUCGUCGAACGCAUCACCGAGCAAAACACAAAACACAAUGCGGGCGCCCAUCGCCCAUCGAGUCACCCAUCGAGAAGUCACAGCGGGAACAAGGCCGGCAAAGAACUUUCUCAUUCCACAAAACAAUUGGCCUCCACAAAAGACCAGUUCUAUGGCCAGCAAUACAGUUCCAAGACCGCGAAAGAACCAAGCAUCAUUGUGAGAUCCAUGGAGACCAACAGGGAUGGCAGCUGGAAGAAUAGAAAGGUUGAGAUCUCCAAAGAUGGUGGCUACAGGGCGUACGAGAUUCAGGGAAUGGCGGGAGGUGCUAUGUGCUUGACGGAUGUGCAUAGGAAGGCGAUUGAUCGUGUGUUGGGGCGGUGA